GUCAAAGCAUGUGCUUAUUAGGCAGUCUAAGUAUACCUGAAGUUGAUUAAAUAUUUUAGUAUAUUUACACUGGUAUUUGUUCAUUUUUCUUUGAUUACUGUUUUUCAGGGUUUUACAGAGUCCAAAUGGAGUAUGAGAACAACACAGUAGUUAAAGAGUUUGUUCUGUUAGGAUUUUCUCAAACCCACAAAGUCCAGAUGAUUCUCUUCUUCUUCUUCCUGCUGUUCUAUAUGAUAAUUCUCCCAGGCAACGUGCUUAUCAUUCUCACAAUUCAAGGAGAGUCCCAACUGGGAACACCCAUGUAUUUUUUCCUGGCCAAUUUGGCAUUCUUGGACAUCUCUUACUGUUGCGUGACCCCACCUAAAAUGUUGGCUGACUUUUUCUCACACCAGAAGACAAUCUGCUACAAUGCUUGCAUGGCCCAGCUUUUCUUCCUCCACUUCCUGGGAGCAGCUGAAGCUUUCCUGCUCAUGGCCAUGGCCUAUGACCGUUAUGUAGCCAUUUGCAAACCUUUUCACUACACCAGGCUUGUGAACAGGGCAGUAUGCUAUGUCCUGGUUGGAGCUUCAUGGGCAGGGGGCUUCAUCCAUGGCAUCACUCUAUUUGCUCUUACCAUUGCUCUCCCCUUCUGUGGCCCCAACAUCCUGGACAACUUCUUCUGUGAUGUCCAUCAGCUGGUUAAAUUGGCCUGUGCUGAUACUCACAUAGUGGAACUUUUGAUGUUUCUCAACAAUGGAGUUGUCAUUGUCAUGUGCUUUUCACUUCUGCUCAUCUCCUACACUGUCCUGCUGCUGAAGCUCCGGACACAGUCCUCCAAGACAAAGAGCAAAAUUGCCUCCACCUGUGUUUCCCACAUCAUUGUGGUUUUUGUCAUGUGUGGCCCAGCUAUGUAUAUCUAUGUCUUACCCUUCCAAGCUGUCCCAAUGGAAAAGGUUGUUGCUCUUUUCCAUACAGUCAUCUUCCCCCUGACUAAUCCCAUGAUCUAUACCCUGUGUAACAAGGAGAUCAGAAGCUCAGUGUGGAAGCUGGUCACCAAAUACAUUCUUACGUGUGGA